UACGGAAGCCGAUUCGGUUCAAGCCGUGACAGCGGGUUCUUUCCCAGCAGGCAUUCCUCAUAUUGUACACAAUCAUCAUGGCGGCUCAGGAUGGAAGUGAGGGAGUAGAAAUGGAAACCGAAGUCAGCCUGAAAGCAUCAGAAGUCUCAUGUGACGUGAGCAGUAAAGGAGACGCAGCGGGGCUUGAGCGAGCCGUCCUGGCUGAUGGAGAAAGCUCCUCGCUGUCCCAGGUCCCCGCUGUCAGCAACGGAGACGACAGCGAGGAGGGGAAGGAGAUGGUGGAACUGAAAAUUAUUUGGAACAAGAACAAAUAUGAUCUUAAAAUGCCUUUAGAUGGAACUGGAGCGAAACUGAAAGAGAGAAUUCACACUCUUACUGGUCUUCCACCCGCUAUGCAGAAGGUGAUGUACAAAGGACUGCUACCAGAGGACAAAACGCUUCGUGAAAUUAAAGUUACAAACGGUGCAAAAAUAAUGGUGGUUGGGUCGACAAUAAACGACGUCCUGGCUGUAAAUACACCGAAGGAAGUAAUUCAGCAAGAAGUUAAAGCUGAGGAAAACAAAAAAGAGCCGUUGUGCAGACAAAAGCAACAUAGAAAAGUGUUGGAUAAAGGAAAACCUGAGGAUAUUAUGCCAUCAAUAAAAGGAGCUAAGGAGCGUUUACCAACAGUGCCUUUAUCUGGAAUGUACAACAAAUCUGGUGGAAAAGUACGGCUCACAUUCAAACUGGAGCAGGAUCAGCUGUGGAUUGGAACAAAGGAAAGGACAGAAAAAAUCCCGAUGGGGUCCAUCAAAAAUGUUGUGACUGAGCCAAUAGAAGGUCAUGAGGACUACCAUAUGAUGGCAUUUCAGCUGGGUCCGACGGAAGCCUCUCAAUACUGGGUUUACUGGGUGCCUGCACAGUAUGUUGAUGCAAUCAAAGACACAGUCCUCGGAAAGUGGCAGUAUUUUUAACGUGCCUCGUCGAUUGACACUGAAGAAUUGGGAUUUCACAAAACAACAACUUUAACUGGACCCCGCAUCAUGAUUUUGAGGAACUUUAGAUUUUUUUUCAAGCAUAUAAAAACUGAAGGAAUUCUGUCGGACAAUUUUUUUUCUUGGGUUUUAAGUGCACUAAAUGGCAUAAUCCGAUUUUUUUCAACCCGUCUCACCUAUUUUUUAAGCAACCCUAAGGAUAAAUAAAGAAUUGUACAGAACUUACAAAUACAUGUGAAAGAAAUAAAAUAUUAUUUAAGGAAAAUGAUUGAUGGACCAGGGAGAUUUUUAUCUUUGUACAGUUUAUUGGUGUACCAUCAUACAGUUCAAUCAAACCAAAGUUCAUAACAACUCAUUGUACUGGUCAUUGUUUAAAAAUACUUUGCCAUGCAAUGAUACCACAGUUAAAGUUAACUUAAAUAAAUUGGUAUAAAAUAAAUUGACUUAAGUCACUUUAAACUCAAUGAAUACUUUGAAAUCUCUGCUAUUUAAGAAUUAACAAUUAUUUAACGAUGAAUUAAGAAUUGAUGUACAGUACAUGUACUGGAGGUAAAUGAAAAAAUGGAAACACCUAUAAAAAGAGAGAGCCUAUAAAUAUCUUUAAUUGAUUUCUUGCUCAAAAAUAGCAAUUUAAUACAUAUUCAACUGAUUGUUAUAAUAUUAAAUGGCAUUUUAUUACAAUUAUCAUCUAAAAUAAUGAGACUGAUUCAUAUUAAAAGAACACAAAUGCCCAAUGCAUCAAAAGUGGAGAAGCUACUUGAUGAAAAAGUAUCGCUAUUAUCUUAGAAGGAUGUACGUGGACACUUCUGAGUGGGCACAAUUGGUUGAAGUCCAUUAAAUCUCCAACUUUCUCCUCUCACGUAAGUGACAUUUAACAUUGCAAUCCACAUUGGAAACUUCCAAACCUUUAACUGUCGCAUUUUGUGAAGGAAAUAAAAAUUGCAUUUUCAGAAGUAGCAAAAGUUCUACAUGUAUAACAAAUUUGAACUUGGAAUUCAGCACAUGAUACUCAUAUGGUUAUAAAAACAUGAAGGUUACUUUAAAGACCAAAUUCAGCUCCUGGUUAUGAAUACAAUACACCCCGAUUUUGCCAAGGUGUUUCCAUUGUUUUGUGAGCGUCCUGUAUGUUACCAACUGUGCUAUGUACCACUUUCUAAGCCACGAUGUUAGAUUUGUAUCCUUGCCUCUGUGCUUUCAUGACAACCUGUGACAUUAAGCUGUGCAUUCUGUGUUUUGCUGCCUGGCUAGCAACCUCAAAUAGGAUGUCAGAAAGAAAAGGUUGUUCAAUACAACUUAAUGCCAUAUUUUCUCAUAAGGAACAGUGACGCUGUUCCCAUUCUUUGAUUCUUUAUACAGCCAGGUCACACUUGUGCAAUGUCAAUUAUGGUGCUAACCAGUAAUAAGCAUUUUAUUAUUUUACAAUUAAGAGUAAGCAGCUCAACAAAGAUAUCCUCAUGACAGUAUUUAAUUGAAGCAGUAAUGUACGUGGCACAGACAGUGCUGACUCAGUGACGAUUUCUGUUCUAACACCGACAUGUGCCACUAAAGGCAACUUGACAAAUCAGAUGGAUAAAAUGCAGCCUGACUACGACUGAUUAUGUAAAUAAAGAACAUGAGUUAAUCCAA